ACAACAUAGCGCUUUUGAGCUGCGUGCCUACCGCGGGGCUAAACUAGGCGGAGCAAAGUCAUCAGCGCAUUCCACGUGCGUGUGGACGACAGCAAAAAAAGCAAAAGAAUAAGGAUGCCGCCACCCUGACAACGCCAUAAAACUACGAAAGGUCAACUGAGAGUAACCUUACACAGGUCCGAGGUGCAGGCGUGUCACAGAAGCGUGGAACCUCAGGGGGAUGUGCAAUAAGCCGCAGGAGGUCAAAGCAGAGUCUCCAGCUGCUGCUCCAGCACAAAACUCCCCUCGUCUUGGCUUCAAGAUCCCGGGCUACAGACCCUCGGAACUGGACAAGAAGAUGCUGCUCUGGUCAGGACGCUACAAGACAGCCGACCAGAUCCCUGAGCUGGUAUCGUUUGAAAUGCUUGACGCUGCCAGGAACAAAGUGCGAGUGAAAGCCUGCUACGUGAUGAUGGCGGCCACAAUCGGUGCCUGCUUGUUGAUGGUUCUUCUGGGCAAACGGGCUGCCGGCAGAAACGAGUCCCUGACGGGUCAGAACAUGGAGAGGAAGGCCAAAUGGAAGGAGGAGCGACAGAGAGAGCAGGAAGCCGCCGUCGCCUUGCCCGCCGGCAAGGCUCAAUGAUGCCGGGAGAACAACGCAACCGUAGAAUCGGAAAUCGGGAAGAUACGCAGGCGCUAGACACAAGUUGUUUUUUUUUUAAAUACAGACGUUUGGUAUAAUAGACUAUAUUACAGUUUCUGCCACACGUGGACUUAAACACAAAAUGGCAAACAUACACUAUAUUUGCUCACCUGCCUUGAGUCACAUGAUAUUGAUAUCCCAUUCUAAAUCCAUAUGGUUGAAUAUGAUGUGGGUCAACUCUUGUGUGAAGACAUCCAACAAUUUUUGCCCAUUCUUCCAGGAGCGUAUUUGUGAGGUCACACACCGAUGUCGGACGAGAAGGUCUGGUGUUGUAUCAGGUUGAGGCCAGUCAAGUUCAUCCAAUACCGAAUUCUCCUGCCCACGUCUUUAUGGACUUUGCUUUGCGCACCGGUGCACAGACAUGUCGGAACAGGAAGGGGUAAUCGCCAAACUGUUCCUUUCACUGGAGCUCAGGGGGCUAAUAUUUUGGAUAUGUCCAACUUUGUGGGAACAGUUUGGAGAUGGCGACUUCCUGUAACAACAUGACUGUGCAUCAGUGCACAAAUCAAGGUUCAUAAAGACACGGAUGAGAGAGUUUGAUGUGGAUGAACUUGACUGGCCUGCACAAUCCUGACCUCAAGCCUAUAGAACACUUUUGACUGAGAGCCAGGCCUUCUUGUCCAACCUCACAAAUGCGCUUCUGGAAAAUUCCCAUAAACGCACUCCUAAACCUUGUGGAACGCCUUUCCUGAAGAGUUUCAAGAUGUUAUAAUUGUCAUAUUAAAUCUUGUGCCUGAAAAAUGAGAUGUCAGUUAAAAUCAUAUGCGAGUCAAGGCAGGUGAGCCAAUACUUUUGGCAAUAUCGUGUAUACAUUCUAAUCUUUACUAUGACAACAUCUAUCAAGUGGGCACCAAGAAACUGUUGAAGCGAUGCUUUUCUGGGCAGCGACAGAUCAUGUGACACAGUUUGAUUUCCUGAUGAGGCGGUGCAAGGGAGUUUGGUUUGAAUGCAAAUAGGUCUCUGGACUGCAACGAGUGAUGACACAAUCAAAUGUCUAUUUGCACUUUAAGUCUGUGUGUGGCGGAGUGCCCGGCAAGAUCUAGCCCAUUGGUUGUCAUGGUAACAAAAGCCUGACUUGCCAUUGGCUAAGCGGUAUUUGGGGCAGGGUUCGCACACUGGCGUGAGACAGGGCCAUUGUAUAAAAUAUGCUGUAGUUCUUGUUUCUUGGGUUAUUUCGACAAAAGCAUACCACAGGCAUGUUUGACACCUGAAACCGUUUCAAAUUGCGAAAAGGUCUCGAGCGAAUGACAGGCAGCGUGUCCACUCUUUGAGGAAAUUUGCUACGCUGCAAAAUGGUGCCUAAGGCAGUCAUUUCAGGUUUCAACUGUGUUGUCUGUUUGUACAAAGUAACAAAUGACGUGAGUAAUUUCAUUACAAGUAAUUCUUGUCAA